AUGCCCUUUGACUGGACAAUUGUUGAUCCCAUGCUUCAUGACAUAGUAGUUCACUUUAAUGGUUCUAUGAGUCACAUUUUGAAUGUUAAUCCUUACAAGUAUAACUACAUGCAAUUGUUGGCUGAUGCUUCUGAAGCUACACUCACUAAUGUACCUGGGAAUUUUGGUGUGGGAUUAAAUUUGUACUUUACAAAUACACACACUAAGAGUAAGAUGGAGGUUAAAUCUGAUCAGGAUGUCAUUGAAAUGUUUAGUUCAAAUUCUGGUACUACAGUGAUUAAUAUUUUUCUGGAACUUAAUCAACUUUUACCUUCAUUUGUCGUAACUGAUACUCCUACACUAGUGGAGAGGGACACUAAAGUAGAUGCUAAUGAAGAAAAUGCUUAUAUCAUUAGUGAUGAGGAUGAUGAGGAUGAUGAGGACACUUCAGAUAAUGAUGAGGGUAGUAAUGGGUCAGAUGAACCAAUUGAGGCUAAUGAUGAGUGGAUAUCAAACUAUGAAUCUGAUGAUAUAGGAGGGAAAUAUUCUACUGAUGAAGAAGAUGUGCAAGGUGUUAAUAUUGACAUAUAUAUGAGGGGGAAAAUGUUUGAAAUAAAGGAAGGGGAGAAAAUAACAUUGGAGAAGGGAAUGAUAUUUGAUGAUGUGAAUCAUUUCAGGACUGUCCUCCAAGAAUUUGCAAUUGAAAGAGGUUUUAAAUUGAUUAAAAUAAAAAACGACAAGAAAAGAGUGACUUGCAUAUGUGCUUCCUCAAUGUGUGAAUGGAGAAUUCAUGCUUCUCCAUUAUCUGAUGGGGUGACAUAUAAGAUUAAGACAUUGGGCACUGACCACACAUGCAUUAGAGUAGAAAGGAAUACUGAAGCAGCAGCAUCUUGGAUUGCUACGAAGUUUGAAAAAACUCUUAGAGGGAAUCCUGGGAUCACUUUAGAGGCAAUGCAUGAUGAAAUAGCUGCAAAUUAUGGAUUGGAGACUACAAGUAUGCAACUGUACGGAGGAAUUGAGGGUAAUCAUGCAAAGGCUUACACCAAACUUCCAAUGUAUGCUGCACAAGUGUUGAGGACCAAUCCUGGUACCAUUUUGGGGGGGGGCAUAUCGUUAGCUGCAGUUGGUCUUGACGGAAAUAAUGGUCUUCAUCGUAUUGCAAUUGCUGUGGUGGAGAGUGAAUGUAAGGAUAGUUGGGCCUUUUUCCUUUACCACUUGAACACCAUUUUCGGUAAUGGCCCCCAAAACAUGCCAUUGACAAUCAUGUCUGAUGGUCAAAAGGGCAUUGAGUCAGCCAUGAGACAAGUAAUACCCCAAGCAACUCAUAGGAGGUGCUGUAGACACAUUUUCAGCAACUUGAAGGGCAAAUUCCCUGGUUUAAAGAUAAAAAGAGCAUUUUGGGCUGCAGCUAAAGCUUACAAUGUCAAGGAUUUUAACAUUGCAAUGGGACAAAUGUUGGAGUUAUCUUCUGAAGCACAUAGCUGGCUUUCUAAAUUUCCAGUUGAAAUAUGGGCAAGACACACAUUUGAUCAUAGAGUGAAGAGUGAACAUGUUACUAGCAACAUGGUGGAGCCAUUUAAUAAUUGGAUUGGACAAGAGAAGUAUCAAGUGGUUGAAGGUGUGGUGUCUUAUAUUGUGAACCUACAAAGAAGGUCAUGCUGUUGCAGGAUAUGGGACAUAAAUGGAGUCCCUUGCAAGCAUGCAACAGCUUGCAUUACUCAUAAGAGGAUGAACUUGGAGACCUAUUGUAACACAAUGUACUACAAACACAUUUAUUUUAAGGCAUAUGGGGAAAUUAUACAUCCAAUCCAUGAUGAGAGUUUAUGGGGUCCAGUCCUUGGAGAUGAGUUGAAGCCUCCACCUCUUAAGAGGAUGCCUGGAAGACCAAGAAAAAGUAGGAGAAGAGAAAUUGAUGAGGCUGCACCAUCAAAAAGAUCAUGCACUGUGAGGUGCAUCAUUUGCAAAGAGAUUGGGCACAAUAAGAGGACAUGCCAGAGGGCACCUAUUAGGGAUAGGGAAAUGGGCACAAAUGAGUCUGCUCAGAGGGGAAUUGGUACUAUUGUUAAAAGGAGCACUAUUGGAAGGUCCACAGCUACUGAGAGGAGCACUGGUGGUGUAAGUGUACAUGACAAAUGA